AUGACUGAACAGCUGGACCCAAUUUCCCAAGGUAUGCAGCAGGAUUUGCAACUAUGUCAACUGCCGAUAUUGAUAAGCUCUGGUCUACAGUCAAGCCACUCUGGAACCACGAAGUUAGGGGUUUUAGAAAGGAUGAUAUUUAUAGCAUCUGGUCCGAUAGCCAACCACCAGAAUUUACUAUGGACAGAAGUUACAAAGAACAUACGCAGUGACAAAUCGCUCAAGGUGCUGGAUCUCGAAGAUAUUACUAUACCAAUGGUGAAGAAUUUACCUGAGGAGGGUCAUCAACCUAUCUUUGUUUUCGAUUUGAGACUUAAAUUCGAAGAUGAAAGAAACAGUCAGCCAGUCAGUCAGCCAUCUGGCAACGAGAGCAUUUUCAACAAUUUUGAACAGCACAGAACAGAGUACUACAGCACAACAACAACAAAUGCUCAAACGGAAACGGAAAAAACUGCCACAACAACAGCACAACAACCAUUGCAUGUAGUUUACAAUGGCGACCGUAUCCUGCCUUUGUUCCACCCGCCCCAUCAUCAUCAUCACCACUACUUGUACUACUUUCUCCAACCCAAAGACUUAAGCAAAGAAACAAUUGGAAAAAAAAAUGGUGAAAGCUACAAAACGCCCAUUAGGUAUGCAGCCUUGUUCUCCACCCUUGUUGGCAACUACCAUCACCAAGCUGUCCCUAAAGACAAUAGCAAAGGUUUAUGGACCCGUAUUACUAUUUUAGCCUUAGUCCUUUUGGGCAUGGGAUGCCCUCCAGAGUUCCAUCAUUACCUUUCCGCCUCUGCCGCUGCAGUCAUCGCCAUUGCCAUCGCUAUGACAUUAACAAAAACCAACAAAUCUCGCUACUAUGACGACAGGGCCAUCAGGUCUUCUUUUCUUUUCAUUUCCAUCUGCAAGCAGCCAAUACAACCACCACUCACACUUAGUCACGAACAACGUAUUCCAUUGGCGAACUGCGCAAACUCCAUUUCUCUGCCGGUGGCUGUUGCCGUUGUGCAUUCUCACUACGAGUGCUGUGUUAUGAUUGGUUGUUGUCGUUCGUAUUUGCGUAUGGCUAAACAAAGCACAUUUGGACAGAUGCAGUAUCUUUCAGGUGGAGGUCUUCACGAUCCUGAAGGCAUUGGAGCCGAUGUUGAUGCGGGAACAGCGGCCCGAUCAGACUGUCAAGAUGUACGUGGACAGUCAGGGGGCGCUGAAGCUCUGGCGCAGGGCCGUGUAAUAUCAAAACUACAACCCGCUGCAGCAGCAGCAGCAGCGGCGGUGGCCAACAACCAACCAAACACCCCAACAAAGUUCUGGGCCACGUCCGAAGUUGGCAUAUGUCGAAUUUAUGUGUAUGUGUGUAAGCUUGCGUGUAUGUUCAGAAAAAAUAAAUUCAUCCAUUUCGUGUUAAGUAAAGCCCCCAAAACGAAAUCCUUGCCAGCAAACUCUACUACUAUUACCGAUUUAACUCCCCCUGAAAGUGUUAAAUUCUUUCCGUUGGAUUAUCCUGGUGAUUUCUUCAAAACGUAUAUCGAUUCGAGAUUUUACGCCGGCCACAAAUUGGAUUUCAAACAACAAAGUUGUGCCGGCGGCCCUGGAUCAGGUGGUGGAGUCGUCGGCAAUUCCAACAGUCAUCCAUCGGCCACACAUUUAACCGCCGCAUCGGCAGCGGCUGGCCCACUACAUGGCGGUCUAGGUGGGGGCCAUCAGACGCAUCAUUCAUUGCUCAACUCGCAUCAUACAAAUUCGGUGGCCACUUUGCAACAGCAACAACAUCAGCAGCAGCAACAACAACAGCAGCAUCAGACCACACCAUCACCUUCGAUUUCCGCCCAAGGUCAAUUGCAUACAGCCAGCACCGGUGGUGGUGGAGGUGCCCCAAAUACGUCCCUCAAUCCGUCCGCUUCCACAAACGGCGGUAAUCCCUCGCAUUCGGUGAAUUCCGCCGGCUCAUUGGGCAAUACCUCCCCGCACUCAGCAGCUGGUGUACAUCCCAAUCAGGAUACCCAUUCGGCCUCAUCGGUGGCCGCCGCUGUCUCUACCUCCCUAAGUGCUCCCUCUUUGCCUCAUAUAGCCCCCACAAGUUUGGGUCUAAGUCCCCAAUCUUCGGCGGAUUCGCAGCAAUUUAAUAUUUUUCCUGCCAUCUUUAGUCGCCAAUUGAAUUUCUCGGCGGCCGGCGGUUGUGGUCAAAGCAAACUGACCAUGGAUGAGUUAAGGCCCAAUCUGGUGGGCGGUCUCCUAGGCCUACAACAGGGUCUGCUGGAGGAUCAUGCCGCCAAUAUGCAGCAUGGCGGUGUGCCCCAAGACACAAAGUUUAUGUCCUUCCAAGAUAAUCGCCUCAUGGGCAUCAGUUCCUCUCAUGAAAAUCGCCUUCUGGGACUUUCAUCGUCAGUGCAAGAUAGUCGCUCACCCGCCAUCACCUCCAUAGAUAAAAAUCAUCUCAAUCAUCAGCGAAAGUGCAGCAGUACGCCGGAAGAUUUUAGCUCAUUGUAUUCGGGAUUACCAACACCUGGCAUAGAUACUUCGUCGCAUCAUCACACACCCGCUCAUACGCCACCAACUCGGCUAUCGGACCAUACGAUAUCCGCGGAAGGAGCGUUUAAGAAACUGAAACCUGAACCAAGCACGGGCCUUUCAUCCGUUUCAAGCGGUAUAACAUCACCAGGAAGUGGUUUAUCGUCAUUAAGUCACCAUACCGGCCAUACCCCAACCACAGCAUCAUGUCCAACGCCAGCGAGACGAAGACAUCGAACGACAUUUACACAGGAACAAUUAGCCGAAUUAGAAGCAGCAUUUGCCAAAUCGCAUUAUCCAGAUAUUUACUGCAGAGAAGAACUGGCGCGGACGACAAAACUAAAUGAGGCUAGAAUACAAGUUUGGUUUCAAAAUCGUCGAGCCAAAUAUCGAAAACAAGAAAAACAAUUACAAAAGGCUUUGGCACCAUCUGUGAUCCCCUCGUGUAAUGGCAUGAUGAGAAAUAUUCAAGGUUAUAGCGUAUCUCGAGGCUAUCAACCCUAUCCACAUCACAAUUCAAUAAAUCGUUAUCCUCAGGAUCUAUUUCAAAUGGGAGCAUCAUCAUAUCCGGGAAUGUCACAACCAUUUUCAAUGGCUCAUGGCACGAAUAUGGGAUCGGUUGGUGUUCGUCAAGACUCAAUGGGCAUGUCACCGGAAGAUGAAUGGUAUAAUAAAAGUUUAUCGGCGCUUCGCAUGAACAGCUCACACCAUCCGAAUCUCUCCGCCCCCAUGUUGCAGUAUCAAACAUAAUCGAAGACUUUUGACGAUUUCUUUUAAAGUGUGAAAUAUUAUGGACCAUUUGAACAAUUUUAGACCAAACGAACGGAAUAUCGCUUGAAGAAUAUUUUACAAUUUAAAAGAAAUACGUCAAUACAUACAACAUCAGCAGCAACAGCAGUAAAAACACUAGCAUCUUCGCUCUAUCUAGUUACAUAUAUCAAACUAUCUUUCCCACUUGCCCAUAUGAGGAUGAAGUCAUUAAUGAAAAUAGUUUAAUUUGUACUCCUCCUACCAAUGCCAACGCAAUCUACUAAUAUUCCAACGUCUAGUUUCAGUAAUUGAAAUAUGACAUCACGGUUUGGAAUCACACAACAGAUUUUUAUUGUUAACAAAGCCAUGAUGAUAAUGAAAAGUGAAGCACAACCCAUACACAAGAAGAAAUUGUAAUGUAAUUAAAAAAAAAAAAAAACAAUCGUAACACACAAAAAAUUUGUUUCCUAUAUAAGCAUAAUACUUGAAAACUUAAUUUCUUCCUAAGGUCAUCACAAAAAUAGACACAAAUAAAAUUAUUGUAUGUAUAUUUUUAUGUUUUGUAAAUAUUUAAAUAUGAUUUUUGCAAUGCACAGAGGUGAUGAAA